CGUUAAAAAAACAACAACAUUUAACUGUAAAACAACAUGUUGCUAGAAUAUAAUUUUCCCGAAAUUAAUUAGGAAAACACAAUUCAAUUGUUUAAGAGCACAAGUGUGCAAGUGCAAAUAAUUCUUUUUUAAUGAGAAAUGUUAAAGUUUCUUAUUUCUUAAUGCAGACUUUUGAACUGUGCACAGUGCAAAGCAUUGUUAAGAUCUUUUCCGAGAACACACGUGUGAGAUUAAAGGGUCUUUUCUGCCUGAUUUCAAAUAAAACUUGUUUGUGUGUUUCUUACAAACUGUUUAAUUUAUGGUCAGGUCAUGCCUUUGGCAACAGAUUCUGGAUGGGAAUAGAAUAAAAAAACUGUUGGGAAGGAUGUGAAUACGGUAAGCAUAAACGAAACUGAUGCAUUUACAGGAUAAGGUGGAGCAAGAAGUGAAAGUGAAAGUUAGAUUUUUUGUGUAUAAAUACCUGCACCCUGACACCUGCGAAUUCACACCUGUGCACCUUUGAUGCUCAGACUGCAACCAAGCGUAAAGGCAAGAAUGCAUACUUCAGCAUUAACUCUCAUCGUCCUCACCGCAGUCCUCUGGGGGAACACAGCAGCAUUUUCAGAUGCAGCUGUGGACUGCUGUCUGACAACUAAGGAUACGCGUAUCCCACUCCAAAUACUUGCAGCCUACACUCAUCAGACCACAGACAGCGGUUGCCCAAUCCCAGCCACUGUAUUCGUCACAAAGAAGGGCAAGAAACUGUGUGCACCUCCAGAAGAGGGACAUGGGUGGAUUGGCAAGAUUAUCUCACACCUUGACAAAAAGAAAAAAGCACAUCAGUAAUAGAGACAGGAAUUGACCACGAUGACCUGCUAGAUGAACUAUUGAACAGACAGACAACUACCGAAAUGAGACAGAUGGUCCUUCAUCUUCAUAUUAUCAUAAUGAUUAAAGCAUUAAAAUGUGAUUUUAUUCAUGCAUACUUUUAUGCAAUUCAUCAUUUUCAGACGCAUGAUACUCAAAUGAUGUUCAUUGAAUAAAUUAUGCAUUUCAAACAUAUAAAUGUAAAUAUAUAUUUUUGUAUCGUACUGUCUAACAGUAAUAGGUGUGUGCCUUACACAUUUGCAUUGGUUAUAAGCUAUCUGUAUGUUUAGAAAUUCAGCUCUUGUUGAAUGGGUCGUGUUACUGUAAACCUU